CGCGGUGGUCCACAUGGCGGCUCUGGGAGAGAGAGGGGGGUGUUUAGAGGAGCAGGCUCCCCGUCAGUGCGCAUGAUACUGCGGUGGUUCCACUACUACGGCACGCUCCAACUCACCUUGAAUCGCUCCAUGACUGCUCUGCUGCUGUCAUCCGGGCACGGGGGGGCGGGGGCGUAUGGAUAACCAAUACACGCCCCAAAGCCUCGAUCGGUAACCAAUCGAAGGACAGGAGAGGCGGACCUGUGGCUUAACAUUCUCCCACUGCUGGGUUCCACUAUGCGCUCGUAAAACGCUCGGCCGUCUACUCCGAGGAGCGCGACGGUGCAGGUGCUCUGUCUCUUCGGGAGGAGAGGAUGCGGACGGAAGGACGGGGGAGGGAAGGGAUGAAGGGAAUCGCCAAGAGGAAAGCAUCUAGGAUAUGAAAAAGGAGGGUUUUUAAAGGAGACCGCACCGGUGCAAGGUCGAAUAUGAAAGACUGUUCGAACGGGGUGACACUUUGCUUGGUGAUAGCUGGUCGGCACUAGUACUAUGAUUUGGUAUGUGGCCACUCUGAUAGCAAGUGUAUUCAGCACCAGAGGAACGACCGCUCAAGGUGUCCACGGAUUGAGAGAGGAGCCCCGGUUUGUGACGGCGCGUGCCGGAGAGACCGUGAUCCUGGGGUGUGACGUGUCUCCCCCCCUGGACGGCCAGCAGCCGCCCUACGUGGUGGAGUGGUUCAAGUUCGGAGUGCCUAUCCCCUUCUUCAUCAACUUCCGCUACUACCCUCCCCAUGUGGACCCAGAGUACACAGGCAGGGCCUCCCUGUAUGGGAAAGCCUCUCUGCAGAUGGACCCCGUGCGCUCUGAGGACCAGGGCUGGUACGAGUGCCGCGUGCUGAUGCUGGAGCAGCAGCACCCCACUCACAGCGACAGCUUCCACAAUGGCAGCUGGGUGCACCUCACAGUCAACGCUCCGCCUACUUUUACGACAACGCCCCCUCAAUAUGUUGAGGCCAAGGAGGGAGGCAACACCCAGCUCAGCUGCACCGCCUUGGGAAACCCUAAACCAAUGAUAAGCUGGCUAAGGGAGGGGGAGGAGCUUGUAACCAACUCUAAAUAUUCGGUCCACGACGGCAGCGUGACGGUCCUGGCCAUCACCAGGGACGACCGCGGGGCCUACACCUGCCGUGCCCACAGCGACCAGGGAGAGGUGCUGCACACCACGCGCCUGCUGGUCCAAGGCCCUCCGUACAUCGUCUCUCCGCCAGAGAACAUCACUGUAAACAUUUCCCAGAAUGCCCUGUUCACGUGCCAGGCGGAGGCGUAUCCCGGCAACCUGACCUACACCUGGUUCUGGGAGGAAGACAACGUCUAUUUCAAGAACGACCUGAAGCUGAGGGUGAGGAUCCUGAUCGAUGGCACCCUCAUCAUCUUCCGGGUGAAGCCGGAAGACGCCGGGAAGUACACAUGCAGCCCGAGCAACAGCCUGGGAAUCUCGCCCUCCGCAUCAGCACACCUGACUGUUCAGUACCCGGCCAGAGUGGUCAACAUGCCACCGGUCAUCUACGUCCCCCGCAAACUGCCAGGGGUGAUCCGCUGCCCCGUGGACGCCAACCCCCCAGUCAUCUCCGUCAAGUGGGAGAAGGACGGCUACCCCCUCCGCGUGGAAAAGUUCCCCGGGUGGAGCCAGACGCCGGACGGAAGCAUCCGGGUGGCGGAGGCCACCGAAGACUCCCUGGGCACUUACACCUGCGUGCCUUACAACGCCCUGGGGACCAUGGGCAUGUCCCCCCCCGCUACUCUGGUGCUAAAGGAUCCGCCUUACUUUAAUGUGAGGCCAGGGGGGGAGUACCGCCAGGAGGCGGGGCGAGAGCUGGUGAUCCCCUGUGCUGCUUCUGGAGACCCUGAGAUCCCAACCAUCACCUGGAGAAAGGUGGGGAAGCCCAGUAAGAGUAAGCACAACGUCCUGCCAAGUGGAAGCCUGCAGUUCCUGUCCCUCAGCAAGGAGGACCACGGCGAGUGGGAGUGCGUGGCCACCAACGUGGUCACCAGCAUCACUGCCAGCACGCGACUGCUAGUCAUCGGCACCAGCCCCCACGCUCCGGGCAACAUCCACGUCCUGCCAUCCAUCACCUCCGCCAACGUGUCCUGGGAGCCCGGCUACGACGGGGGCUUCGAGCAGACGUUCUCCGUGUGGUACGGCCCAGUGUCCAAGAGGAUCGACUUCGGGCCCCACGACUGGCACUCCAUGCCGGUGUCGGGCUCCGGGACCUGGCUGGUGGUGACGGGGCUGGAGACCAGGACUGAGUACCAGUUCAGCGUGUUGGCCCAGAACAAGCUGGGCACCGGGCCCUUCAGCGAGGUGGUGACAGUCAACACCGCAGGCUCCCCACUGAGCACCCCGGAGCCCCUGGUUCUCCUCACGCCACCACGGUGCCUCACCGCCAACCGUACCCAGCACGGGGUGCUGCUCACCUGGCUGCCGCCCGCCAACCACUCGUCCCCUGUGGACCGCUACAUCGUGGAGUUCCGGCUGGGCGAGCGCUGGGAGGUGCUGGAGGACCUGAUCCCCGCCACCGAGACCGAGCUCAUCGCCCGCGACCUCAUUCAGGAGUCCUGGUAUGAGUUUCGGGUUAUGGCGGUCAUGGAUGACCUCAUCAGCGAGAGCUCCAACGUGGUGGGCGUGUCCAGCACCGACCUGUACGCCCCCGCGGAGACGGUGGACGAGGGUCUGGCUCGGCCCGUGGUCGCUGGCGUGGUCGCCACCAUCUGCUUCCUGGCCGCGGCGGUGCUCUUUAGCACGCUAGCCGCGUGCUUUGUCAACAAGCAGCACCGCCGCAAGCUGAAGCGUAAACCAGGUCGGAUGCACACUGACCCGCCUUUGUCCGUGACACACUUCAGGAAAAGCAUCGAGUCACCGCCUCCUCUCACUCCCUUGCCAGGGGUAGAACCCUGCUGGGAUGAGCCUGCCAGGAGCAGUUACUUGCCCCCACCAGCCAGCCCCCUGCUCUCCUCAGGAAAGAUCAGUCCCGAGAGCUCCCCCCCGUCCAGGCCGCGGUCCCUCUCCUCGGACAGCUCCCACGGGCCGGGCCUCUACGUGCGCAAGCUGCCCAGCCCGCUGCGCGAGAAGGACAAGGAGCUGUCCUUCUACAAGAAGACCAAGCGCGCCAUCGCCAGCAAGAAGUACAGCGUGUCCAAGCACGAGGCGGAGGUGACCACGCCCAUCGAGCUCAUCAGCCGCGGGCCCGACGGCCGCUUCAUCAUGGACGCCAGCCCGCCGGCGCGCCGCAUCCAGGGCUUCCCCUUCGCCGAGGAGUCCGACAUGUACCCCGAGUUCCGGCAGUCGGACGAGGAGAACGACUUCGACCCGGGGCCCCUGCCCCCCAUCAUGCCCACGCUGCGGCCCCAGCUGUCCCCCACCUCCUCCAGCCUGGAGUCCACGCAGCCCCCCAACUACAGCCCCCGCCUGCACCGCGCCAUGGAAGGUAUGAGCUUCGCGGAGGGCGGCACGCUGCACGCUUCGGGGCAGGCGCCGGCCUCCCGCUACCGGGGCUUCCCGCAGGGCCCGUUCUACGGGUACCUCGGCAGCCGCGGCGAAUCAGGGAUCCCGCCGCCGUUCUACAUGCCCGACAUCAGCCCCCGCAGCUCGGCGCUGUCCUCCCCCCCGGGCACGGCCGACGGGGGGCCGUUCGGCUACCCCUCCAUCCCGGAGGAGAGCGGGGACAUGGAGCACCAUCAGUACACCGCCUCCGGCCACUCGCUCUCCCUCACGCACAGCCCCGUGCCCCGCUCGCCCGAGAGCUGGCAGCCUCAUGAGUUCCCCUUCCUGGGUCUAGAGGGUCCUCGCUUCAUCUACCCGCCGCACCAUCCCCUGCAUCACCCCCAGGACCUCCCAGACCCGCCCCCUUACCCGCCUCACUCGCUGCCCCCCAGCCGCCUGCACCUCCCGCCCAUGUCGGACCCCUCCAGCCCCGGACUCCUGCAGCUGGAGGUGCCCUCGGCCCCCCAGGGCCGAGACCGGCCCCCGGGGCCCCCGGUGAGGCGCUUAGCUAUGCAACAGGCCCAGAGUCUGGGCCAGCUCAGACACACGUCCCACGGUGUGGGCGUACCAGUGUUGCCUUACCCCGACCCGGUGGCGCGCGCUGGGAGCCCCAGCACGGCUCCCAGCAGCAGCCCGCAGUCGUGGCUCAGCCCCAGGGCCUUGCGGCGGGCCGACCCCAGCCUGCCACCGCUGGUGCUCCAGCCGUCGCGCCUCUCGCCGCUGUCCCAGAGCCCGCUGAGCACCCAGCCGGGCUCCCCAGACAUCCUGGUGCGGCCACCGCCCCGGCCGAGCAUCCUGCGCACCUCGCGCUCGCUGGAGAUGCCCGAGAUCACCCUGCGGCCCUCGGCCUCCGUCAGCUUCUCCCGGAGGUCCUCCCCCACCACCUCCCCCACGCAGGGCGCACGUCCGCCCGGCACGGGCUACCGCGGCACCCACAUGUCGUACGCCUCCACCGCCGCCAGCUACCCCUCCCAGUCCCCCUCCCCGCCUGCCGAGGGCAGGGACGUGUUCGGGCAGAGGCCGUCCCAGAGGAGGUCGGAGGAGGAGAUGCUGCCCUCCGAGCCCUCACAGCUCCAGUUAUCCGCCUCAGGGGAACCUCUAGGGGCGUCUGGGGAUUCUGCCGGGUCUGAGAAUUUACAAGAGCUUCUGCACCAGUGUAUCACUAAAGCCAAGGGAGAGGCGGCCAACAACAAUAACAACACCACUUCUCGAAGGAGAACAGGUGUGUCCCCUUCUCAGACCCUGCAGAACUCUCAGACGCCACUAGAGGGCGACACCGAUCCCCCUGUCCACAAAAAGGAAAAAAAGCAUCACAGGAGAAGCCCCUAUCUCUACCUGACCUCCCUGCUGCGGGGCAGGCGCUCUGACGAGGACCAGACGGGCAUUUUGGCCAGCACAGACUGCGAGGGUCAGAAUUAUGGAACUCUACCCUGAACCUACAGUUAAAAAAAUAAUAAAACAAGGCCUGACCCAUUGGAUCUCGCUCUCUCUCUCUCUCCCUCUCUCUCCCUCUCUCUCCCUCUCUCCCUCUCUCUCCCUCUCUCUCUCUCUCUCGUUCUCUUUCUCUCUUGUUCUCUCUCGUUCUCUCUCUCUCUCACUCUCUUUCCCAAGCUACUCUUCUACAAAAAAAAAAAGCGUGUACAGCAGUGACAACACCAAGCUGAAUCCUCAAGGAUUAAAAAACCUGUCACUGGGAUUUUUUGUAGUUCAUGACAAAAAAAGGAAAAAACGAACAAAAAAAACACGAUUGCAUUUCUUUGUUUUCCCCCUGACUACAAGAGGGGGCUUCACCUGGAGAAUAAAAAUAUGCUCUGAAAUAUAUAAUGUACAUAAAAUAGUAAGCCAAGGGGUGGGGGUUGGGGGGGGAUCAAGUCCCCUCUUACAGUAAUAAACUACGUGUUGGUUGAAUAGGUCACAACAACAAACAAACAAUCCACUCACUAGCCAUCAACGGGGGGUCCAUAUCUUUAGGUGUUUGCAGCGAACUGUUAAAACCUGGUGCGUUCUCCUUCAAGGGGGCUUCCGUCUUACCUUUCCUACAAUACAAAUAGUGUCAGCAUCUAACACAGGGUCCUUACCACAAAAUAUACCUCAAAGUAAGAUACAGCGUUUCUAUAACUCUUGCGGUAUACUGUACGUACCCGACCUUUUUACACAUUUAACAAGCGGUGCAAAACGGUUUUCCUUCAAACUCCACACUCCAGACACGCAUUUUUUAAGCUUUGCUGAACUUUAACUUGCAUAUAUAUAAAUAUAUAUACUUUUUUUAUUUUUUUUUGCUGAUGAAUUAUCUAAUGCCAAGCAUGGAAACUCAUAAUCUUUAAACCAUUAGAGGACAUUGUCUCAAAGUGCUUGAUGGUUGGGUUGUGUUUGAGCUCGUCACCGUGACAACGCUGUCACGACCAGGACGACGCCUAGUCUUUGAUCUCGUCUAAGUAACUUGGGGACUCGCGUAAAAGAGGAUGGGCUUCUAGGGUUAGAACAGGGUGACGAAUCGUGUUGUAUGUGUACUAUGUGUUAAACUAAUAUGGACUCAUUUGUGAAAGUGGCACAUAGCUCUAUGUGCCUUUUUUUGCCUUUUUCUCUUUGUUAUUUUAACAUAAGAAUCAACUGCCUUUUCCUUUGCCUUUGUCAUAUUCGUCUCUUCUAGGAGUGAGGUGCUCCACGAUUAUUUGUGUAAUGGUUUAUUUCUCUGCCAAGGACAUAGUAGAAAAAAAGGAUGCUGCAGAAAAUGCACUAUUCUCGGUUUGUUUUUUAGAUUUAGUUUUCUAUUUUAAUGGGAUACCUGCUUUGACUGUGUAUAUUCUAAUACUACAAACAAAACUAUAACUGAAAAAAGUUCUGGGGUUACAAAAUACACCUGAGCUCAGAAACUGUAAACUAAUCCAUUGUACCGGAAACAGCGGAAUGGUACAGAAGCACUGUACAUAUGUUGUCACGCAGAAGGAAACGAUUCAUUUAGGAUGUUAAUUCAUAAUUCAAAGCAAUCUUUACAAAAUACUGGACUUGGCUACUUGCUUCACGAAGUGGGGAAAAAAAAACGGAACUGUUGCACGGGCAAAGAGCUGUACAUGGAAGUGACAGGGGAAGCAUUCAGAAGGCGGCCAUUUUGACUGUUUCUCUCCUUAACAACUGUAUAUUACUUGCUAGCUACUUCUCUAUGUUUGUUGAUUUUUUUCAAACACUAACCGAUAAUGAAUGUAUGUUCUGAUGUACAGGAAGUGAAUGUCCAGACGACACAGUACAUUGAAUGACCUGACAACGCAUCAUUUAGGCGGCGGUUAAGAAAAACUAAUUCAUGAGUUGGCACAGUUAACAUGAGGCAGUCCAAAAAUGUCCCGUCCCUCUCUCCAUUUUCCUCGAAACACGUCUUAAAAACAGGAUCGUUAUUAGUCGUUAUGUCCGUUGAUCUGGUUCCUUUACGUCCUAAUGGCUACGGUAACUAUUUGCUUUUAGUACAUACUUUACAGUGAUCUCAAAAAACCCUAGGUCAACCUUUUAGAAGACCUAUCAGAUAGAUAAGCAUCCAAUACUAACUAAUCAGAUGUUUUCUAACAAAUAUACGCAUGAACAAAUCAAACCGAUGGGUUACGUUGAUUGAUAUAUCAUACUCUUUUGACAGGGGAGGUCGGUCAAAAGAGAGUCGGGCGAGAAAUCUAUGAUUCAAAGAGCAUAUUCUACUUUAGGUAUUGGUUUCAUGUAAGAUACGGGGAUACAAAAAAAUAUCUAUAUUUGUUAUGUACUGUACAUGGUGUGUAUUGUAUUUGUAAAGAUGAAUCAAACCAUGUUUUACAGGAAGAUGGUUUAUGUAAAAGAGGGUGUGUGCGAGAAAAAGUCGCAGUAUUUCCAAGAGAGAAGGCAAGAAAUUAGAUUAUAUCGAAGAGAAAACCAAUAUUUGCUUACCGUACGGCUUUAAGUGAACAAUGUUUCUAAAACAUUUUGAGGUGCCUCGUUUGUCUAACUUUAGCAGACGUCAUCGUUUUACCCCAGAAGAUGGAUGCUACAUCUAAAUGUCAGUACCAGUACAAUGUAUUAUCGCUCAAGCCCGCCGGCUGCACAAAAAGAUUUUAGUAUCCACUGAUGUACAGUAGGCUAGUCCUCAACGCUUUAGAAGCAGAAGUACUAGAAAAACAUGGACACAAACUCCCCUGUCCCCCUCCCUGUGAAGAGCACACGUGUAGAACCAUCCCAGAAUCACUUGCCUUCAGACGUACCCCCCCACCACGGGCAGAACCGAACCCAAAACGAAGGGGUGUAGGAGGAGCCCAAGACAUAGUCAUAGUCAUGUACAAUACCUACUGUGCAACAGAUUGUGUUUACAUUAGCGUGAUGAGCACGGGGAGGAUGAAGAAAAUAAAUAAAGUGUGUUAGAGAGCCUAGUUGCUUUGAACAUUACAAUUUGGUGCUAUGUUUAAACUUUGUGGUGCUGUAGGCUAGAGGUCUAGAGGAGACCUUUUCUUUUUCUUUGAUUUGUGUCCACAAGGAACGAUCCAGCCCUCUGUGUCGAUCUAACAAAACCUUAGACUCUUAGACACUAGGUUUACUUUUAACAUGACAGUUACAUGUUGUGAUGAGUGAUUAGAGACUAUUCCGAACACGGAACAUAUAACUAUAACCUUGAAUAAUGGAGACUUAAGAUUACUACUUUCCAGUGAACUCAACACUUCUUUCUAUAGUGUUUGCGAUGUGUGUCUGUGCUUCCAGGGAGCCCUCUCCAAAGUGAAUAUAUCGAUGAUUUAAUCUGUGUUGAUAUUGAAAAUAUUAACCUUAGCAUGAGAGGGAAAAACAAUAUGGAGUGUCACCAUUAAAAAAAAGAACAACAACUUUGAUUUGGAUGUUAGCAUUAGCGUAUCUAACGAGACACAUUAGUGGCAAUCUCUGAGUGCACAUUCGUCUGUUUGUGAAGAAGAGCUUCUUGAUACAUAUAUCAAAUACAGGUCUACACAGUUACACAAAGUUCAGUUGACAGCACUGUUUUCAAGCACAGCACUGCAGGGGAAUCACCUCAACCACACCCUCUAUCUCCUCCACCUUUUACAGUCAGGAUCAUACUGUACCCAGUGCAGCCACGAGUACUUACCAGUGCACCACCCUUUGUAUUUCAUAACUGGUUCAUUUUGCGAAGAUAUUUGGAGUCGGUGGGUGGGGAGGGAGAGUAGGUGUGGGUGGGGGGGAAGCUACGACUCAUGCAUCCAACUCGAUGUAGGUUAUUUUGGUUUCAUUUUUUGAUUAAUGUAUGUAGUCUUCCGCAGGCUCUUUUGCUUACUUGACGAAAAACGUUGUGUGCAGUGUUCACGAGGGCUGCUUUCGGGAGGAACUGUUGGAUCCAGUUUUUGUUUUCCGCGUAGAGCUUUUUUAGUGCACCGGUAGGUGCUGCUAGGAUAAUACUUGGAGCCGAUUUCAUUUUAUUGUAUUAAACUUGCAUGUGGAGAAAAAUACAAACACCUAUUUAGCAAUCAUUCAUGGACAUCCAAACGGGCUGUUGUUGGACAUGAAAUAGAAUAUUUAGUAUUUUCUAUAUUCUCUGUUUUUUCAUGUGUACCAGCACUGGGAAACUAGAAUGUAUUAUUACUGUAGGCUAUAAUAGGCACUACAUUGUUGACUGUUUUAACUAAUGCUUAUACCCAAGCAAACCAAGUAGUGCAUAAAAAGAAGGAAAACUAACUACACGUCAUGUAAUUUUCCACCCAUUGAACUCUGUGCUGUAAAUUCCAUGUUUACAUUAUGUAUUCCAUGUCGUUUCGUGCACCAAUUGUUACAUUUUAUCAUUUGGGUUCCGAUAUGUUUCGACAUUGUUCAUAUGUAAAUAUUUCAAAGCUAGAACAUAUAAUACUUUUUACAUGUGUCAGUUUUAGAACGAUAACCUGGUGUGUGUGUGUGUGUGUGUGUGUGUGUGUGUGUGUGUGUGUGUGUGUGUGUGUGUGUGUGUGUGUGUGUGUGUGUGUGUGUGUGUGUGUGUGUGUGUGUGUGUGUGUGUGUGUGCGUUUUAUUUUGGUUUGGUUUCACUUUAUAGAUUGUGUAUGUCAUUACAUCAGGUAUUUCGCGUCACUUAACUUUUACGUGAGCAAUUAACUCAUACUGUAUGGUGCUGUACCAAAGCCUUAUGUAAAAUACUUGUAUUAGGUUGUUUUUUUGUCCAGGGGAUAUUUUUUAUUGUUUUUUUUUGUUGUCAAAGUUCUUGUGUUACCCACUCUUCAUGUUCAACUGCCAUCAAACUUUGUUCUUCGGAAAACAUACAAUUCAAACUAUUACGCAGUUUAGGCUAUUGCCACCUGUGACUUGACAUGUUCCGGUCGCAGUCAUAGCCGUAUAUAUAAAUAUACAUUGAAAGAAAUGCAUAGGCUUAUGUAUGAUGGCAAAACACGACAGACAUGGACCUAGCACAGGGUCCAUGAUCUAUCUAUGGCAUGUCUGAGAGAAUAUAAAAGCAGUGCUGUAUUCAUAUCACCAUUUCAUUUCAUUUGCUUAGUCCCAUACAAAAUUUUACUCUCAAAUUUUUGUAUUUUGAUAUAAUAAAAAAACGAAAAGUGA